AUGGCAGCACAGCUACAAGAACGUAGACGAUUUAAAAAGAGAGCAAUUUCUGACAAAGAACGGGCAGAGUCUAAUCGAAAACGAUCAAAAAUAAUAGAUCCUAUCCCUACACUGUCUACUAAUUCUCAAUGCGAGGAAAAUGCUGAUAUAUUUCCAGAUACUUCAUAUAAGGUAAUUUCAAUGCCUAUGCUAUCCCAAUUGACGCCUAUUGAGGCUGCAGAAAUGGACGUGGACGAUCCACUCCCAUUGUUGCCAUUAGAUUCCCUGUUAGCCUGCACUUCUGAUACACAUCCUGGUCCGGCCGUAGAAGUGCAAGAUGCUCAUCAGGGUAUGCAGGGAUUAGGAAUGGCAGAAGAUGAAUUAGCUGGAUUAUUACUAUCAAGUGGAUGGGAUGAAUCACAACUAGAAUUACUAGAUUCAUUACUGGAUUCACUUUAAAGAGGAAUUAGAAAUUACUCAUAACUAAAAGGUAAAGCAAUAGUUCUGGCUGGUAAAGCCUACAAGAAAAAGGACUUUUAUUUUGUUUAAUUUUUUAUCUUAGAGAUGAA